CUGAGAGCACAGCUGUUGUUUGCGUGCAGUAGUGGAGAGCGCGCUCUGGGGUGAUGUCACGCCUCGUGCUGCUUGCUGCUCAUUGCCACUGACGGAGCUGGAGCGUCUUGCUUAGUUCGUUGCAUUGCUGCUAGCGAGCAGGAAUGUUGUCUCUCUGUCACAACGUCGGUUUCCAUACGACCGCGCUACACUUCCCUUCCCCGGCCGGAGAGGACACCGUGCCAUUACCAUGAGUUGUUUGGAUGUUAUGUACCCAGUCUAUGGACAUUACGCACAGUACGCGCCAGCCACUCCCGCGUUCAUCAACAACUUCCAGGCACCAGUCGGUCUGAGGAGCACCUCUCCUCGCCGCAGAGACUUCAUGAUGGAAAGCAGGGGGACGCAAAGGGGUCCCGGGGGGGUGUCGGCAGGCCCCGGCUCUUCCUCUUCCUCAUAUCCCUCCGCCACGCGACCGGAGGAAGGCCCUAAGGAGAAACAGGAAGUCCCCGAGGCUGAGUACCUGACGUCGCGUUGCAUCCUCUUCACGUACUACCAAGGGGACAUCAGCAGUGUGGUGGACGAACACUUCUCCAGGGCACUCAGCUCCUACAUGGAAGGAGAGGGCAAGAGGAGGGCGUUGGACCUGGGCACAGACACCCCUUCACCCAGCAGUCGCCACAGCUUCCCCCCAUCCUUCUGGGAUAGCAACUACCCCUCCCCCCAGUGUCGCUCCCGCUGUGAGCACAGAGCGCCCACCUAUUCCAUGGACCCCUACGCUUCCGGACUCCACCCAGGCCUUCCUCACCCACACACUCACCCCCACUCGCACCUGCACCCAGCAGAGGGGUGGGGCUACGCACAAGGCCAAGCCUACGGGGCCCCCAGGCCCCUCCAUGAACUCUACUCCCCCAGCGGCCUGGAGCCCCACCACUCAUAUGGCCCCCUUCUCCUGCCCACCGUGCGACCCUCCCACCUGGGCACCCUCCCAGGACACCACCCCUACGAUAUCAGCAAGCUGGACCCCACCGCCCCCUGGCCGGGCCUGCUGCCCCCAGGUGAGAUGGCCAUCAACAUGGACGCAGGCCUCCAGCAUCACAAGAAAGGGAAGGAGCUGUACUGGUUUUAACGACCCUCCUCCGUUGCCAUUGACCAGCCAUUACCAGAUCCAAUUUGGACCUCUGGAACUCUACCAUUAAAGCGUCCCUUCCUCCCCCUCCUCCCGUCCCCUCGUCCCUCUUUAUCCCUCACCCACUAUCUCUUCGUCUCCCCUCGCCUCCCCCCAGGCCCACAGUGCCAGGCGAGAGGCUCCAGGUCGGCGUGUUUGCACUGUGGAGAUAAGGACUCAUAGGCUGGACUCGUGGAGAGCAGAGCAGAGAAAGAUAGAGACAGAGAGAAAAGGGGUACAGCUUUGGUGACCUGUGUUCUGUGGCGUCUGGCCUCUCCUCUCCUCUCAGCUGUGUGGCUGCGGUAGCAUAGAGACCGUUGGAGGCCACUGGCAUGGUGCUGGCAACAGUGACCUGGUUUUGACAGAAAGGCAGAGGGGGUAGAGACUUCUUUUGGACACGGGGGGAAGAGCAAAUAAAGAUGGAUGAUAUCUGGUAGCCUUGCUGUUACACUACACCCCCCUACUGCAGAUCAUCUUCUCUGUGUUGACACUGUAUUCGUCGUCGUCCAUAUUAUCUGGGUAAUUAUCUGCAUGUAAACAAAUGGACAUGCGACCAUCGGACUGGCUGUGUAUGGAUUUGGAUUGUGACUGUAAUCAUAAUGCUGUUAGGUUUUUAAUGUGCAUUUCUGAAAUGUAAUCUUCAUUUGGCCAGCGCUCUGGAAAUAAUUCAGCUGUGCUUUCUUAAAAGAUGGUUGAGGUACGGAUGAGGAAUGAUUGAAGAAUGGUUGAGGUACGGAUGAGGAAUGAUUGAAGAAUGGUUGAGGUACGAAUGAGGAAUGAUUGAAGAAUGGUUGAGGUACGAAUGAGGAAUGAUUGAAGAAUGGUUGAGGUACGAAUGAGGAAUGAUUGAAGAAUGGUUGAGGUACGAAUGAGGAAUGAUUGAAGAAUGGUUGAGGUACGGAUGAGGUACGGAAGAGGAAUGAUUGAAGAAUGGUUGAGGUACGGAUGAGGAAUAUUUGAAGAAUGGUUGAGGUACAGAUGAGGAGUGAUUGAAGAAUGGUUGAGGGAGGCGACCAUAAAGGUGUUUGAUAGUAUUGGUUUAUAUAUGAACUCAUAUUUUAGUUAGCGGUUAGGGAAACACUACGUUAAUUCAACAACAUCAAUCAGCCCAGCAUAUCAAACUGCUGAUCAAGUAUUUCAUCAUUUUAAUGUGUUCCAUUGAUGUUACUGUCGUUUGUUUAUACAUGCCAUUUUUUGUCGUUUUAAAAGUCGAAUCUUAGUGUGUCCUUUCUCUUGCUUUUGUCAAGAAAUAAUAUAAUUAUCAAUAAAUAUUUUUAUGGUAAAUUCA